AACUUUAAUUGCAAUCCUUUGGCCUCCACCUGCCGGGAACCCAACACCAUACAUACAGGGGAUCUGUCCACUGAUCAAGCACAUAACAUGGCUAAUGCGAAGAAAAUAACAAUUUGAGAAAAUUUCUUGUCGCAAAUGAGAGGAAGAACCAGGACUUUGAAAUAAUUAUCUUGUGUGCACCUCAUUGUACUCUUUUUAAUUACUGAACUUAGUAAUGAAGCCACCAUUAUGACCUCAGCCAGCGAAGUAAAUGUUGACAUCAAAGAUUUCCUAAUGAGCAUUAACUUGGAGCAAUAUCUCUCUCAUUUCCAAGACUUUGGUCUUCAUACCGUGAAGGACUGUGCAGCCAUCAACGACAGCCUGCUACACAAAAUUGGAAUAUCACCCACAGGACACCGUAGGAGAAUACUCAAGCAAUUACAGAUCAUCUUAUCAAAAUUGCAAGACAUCCCAAUAUAUGCAAAUGUUCAUAAAACAAAGAAGCCUGGUGAGACUACAAAGGAUAGCUGCGCGCCACCUUCCAAUCACAGUGCUCGCAUACAGCUCUCGGAUCCUGGGAGUGCCCAGGCUCCCAGCCUAGUCCAGUUGGAGACGGUUCCAAAGACUCUUGAUCAGAACGAUGUUAAUCUAGGGAGUAGCCAGGCUCUGCAAUUAGAUAAACUAGGCAACUUUCGCAGUCCAGAAAAAGAACCACACCCGAAUGUGGCUUCUAGUCAAGAUUCUUUUCUUGAUGGUGAAAAUACUAGAACCAAAUCACUGGUUACAAAGAAGACUCCGGAUUGCACCAUCCAAGAACAGCAAACAGAGAGAGUCGAUGUGAUCAUAGAAAAUCUUAGCAAGCUGCCCAGUGCAGAUCCUGAACGCCUCGCUUCCCUUGGAUCUUCACUAUCAGAAGCAAGUGCCGGCGACGGAGCUACUGCUCUAUUAGAAAGAUCACCGCCUUCCCCCUUCUUUCAGUUUCAAGGAGAGAUGGUUGUAAACGACUUGUAUGUUCCCUCCUCACCGCACUUUGUGCCUAUGAGAAGUCGUAGCAAACUGGUCUCCAGACCAUCCCGGUCUUUCCUGCUACGACACCGGCCUGUACCAGAGAUUCCAGGAAUUUCGGGGAGCUACUUCCGUGAAAGAAGAAAUGUAACUACCUCAGCUGGAAAAUUUGUGGCCCAGAACAAUUCAAGUGAGGAGAAUUCAUCUUCCAUUUUUCCUUAUGGAGAGACUUUUCUCCUCCAGAGACUAGAAAAUUCCAAGAAGAAAUCUAUCAAGAAUGAAUUUUGGACCCAUGACGACAUACUUAAAGGGGACACAACUAGGAAAACCAACUCUCUUUUGAUCAAACCAAGCAUGUAUGAUAACAGAACUGAAAAACCAGGUGAAGACCACGUGGAAGAUAUUUGGAUACCUCGAGAGAACAAAAAUAAUGUUCAGUCAGACUCUCCUUCUGAAUCAGAAUACUCAACAGUAGAGGAAUGUUUUCACAGUUUAAGAAGAAAAAGCUCAAAGGCAACAAAAUCUAGGACUCAGAAAGUAUUCAAUUUGGACCCUCUUACUCGGCACAGUUACCCAUGUGGCUCAGCAAGUGGAAGUGCGGUGUCCUCGUCAGUCACAUCCUCCGGUGCCAUAACUCCUUAUGCCUGCUUUUAUGGAUCAUCUGCAAAGAAGGUGAAAUCUGGGUGGCUGGACAAACUCUCUCCUCAAGGAAAGCGCAUGUUUCAGAAGAGAUGGGUGAAAUUUGAUGGCCUUUACAUUUCUUAUUACAAUAACGAGAAGGAGAUGUAUUCAAAAGGAAUAAUUCCCCUUUCUGCUGUAUCUACCAUACGUAUUCAAGGAGACUACAAAUUUGAGGUUGUUACAAAACAAAGAACUUUUGUUUUUAGAGUAGAGAAAGAAGAGGAGAGAAAUGACUGGAUCAGCAUACUAUUAAAUGCACUGAAAUCGCAAGCCCUCACCUCACAGUCUCCAGCAGUGGUUGCACCUGAGAAGUGUGGAUAUCUUGAACUGAGGGGCUAUAAAGCCAAAAUUUUUACUGUGUUGCGUGGGAACAGCGUGUGGCUUUGCAAAAACGAACAGGAUUUUAAGAGUGGACUUGGUAUUACUGUAAUUCCUAUGAAUGUAGCCAAUGUAAAACAAGUGGACCGAACUGUGAAACAAUCUUUUGAAAUAAUCACUCCAUAUAGGAGUUUUAGCUUUACAGCCGAGUCUGAAAAAGAGAAACAAGAGUGGAUAGAAGCUGUGCAGCAAUCGAUAGCAGAAACUCUCUCUGAUUAUGAAGUAGCCGAGAAGAUUUGGUUCAAUGAAUCCAACCGGAGCUGUGCAGAUUGUAAAGCCCCAGAUCCUGACUGGGCAUCCAUCAACCUCUGUGUCGUCAUCUGUAAGAAAUGCGCAGGACAACAUAGAUCUUUAGGCCCCAAAGAUUCUAAAGUGAGAAGUCUAAAAAUGGAUGCCAGUAUUUGGAGCAAUGAACUGAUUGAGCUUUUUAUUGUCAUUGGAAACAAAAGAGCAAAUGACUUUUGGGCUGGCAAUCUGCACAAGGAUGAAGAAUUACCCAUGGACUCGCCAGUCGAAAUGAGAAAAAACUUUAUCACUCAAAAGUAUAAAGAAGGAAGAUUCAGAAAAACCCUCUUGGCAUCUCUCACCAAAGAAGAAUUAAACAAGGCUCUCUGUUCUGCUGUGGUGAAACCGGAUGUUCUGGAAACAAUGGCUUUGCUGUUCAGUGGAGCUGAUGUUAUGUGUGCAACCGGUGAUCCCGUGCAUAGCACCCCUUACCUACUGGCCAAGAAGGCUGGGCAGAGUCUGCAAAUGGAAUUUCUCUACCACAACAAAUUCUCAGAUUUCCCACAGCAUGAUAUUCCUUCUGAGGGUGGAUUAAGUCCAGAGAGCUGCCAGUCCACCUUUCUCUGUGACUUUUUGUAUCAAGCUCCUGCGGCGGCUUCUAAACUCUCCUCGGAGAAAAAAGCACUGGAAGAGGCAAAUAAAAAGUGGUGUGUUUUGGAAGGAGGUUUCUUGAGUUACUAUGAAAAUGAUAAGUCUACCACACCUAAUGGCACUAUUAAUAUCAAUGAAGUUAUCUGCCUGGCUGUACAUAAAGAAGACUUCUACUUAAGUACUGGGCCCAUCUUCACCUUUGAGAUCUACUUACCCUCCGAACGCGUGUUUUUAUUUGGAGCUGAAACACCUCAAGCCCAAAGAAAAUGGAUAGAGACAAUUGCCAAGCAUUUUGUUCCCUUUGUUGCUGAAAACUUAACAGAAGCUGACUAUGAUUUGAUUGGUCAACUCUUCUACAAAGACUGCCAUGCCCUGGAUCAGUGGAGAAAAGGCUGGUUUGCUAUGGCCAAAUCUACUUUACGCUUUUGCCUUCAAAUGCAAGAAUCUCAGGAAGAUAGAAUGUACUUAAGAAGACUGCAAGAACUAACAGUCAGCACAAUGGUUCAAAAUGGAGAAAAAUUGGAUGUCUUGAUCCUAGUAGAAAAAGGGAGAACAUUAUACAUCCAUGGGCAUACCAAGUUGGAUUUCACAGUCUGGCAUACUGCAAUUGAAAAAGCAGCAGGUACAGAUGGUAAUGCAUUACAAGAUCAGCAGCUCAGCAAAAAUGACGUUCCCAUUAUCGUGAACAGCUGUAUAGCAUUUGUUACACAGUAUGGUUUGGGAUGCAAAUAUAUCUAUCGAAAGGAUGGUGACCCUUUGCACAUAAGCGAACUUUUGGAGAGUUUCAAAAAGGAUGCUAGAAGCGUUAAACUGAGGGCCGGAAAACAUCAGCUCGAGGAUGUGACGGGCGUAUUGAAAAGUUUCCUCUCGGACAUUGACGACGCCCUUCUCACCAAGGCGCUCUAUCCAUACUGGAUCUCUGCUUUAGAUACUCAAGAUGAUAAAGAAAGAAUUAAAAAGUAUGGAGCAUUUAUACAUAGUCUUCCCAUGGUCAACCGAGCAACACUGGCAGCUAUAAUUGAACACCUGUACAGGGUACAGAAAUGCUCAGAAAUCAGUCACAUGAACGCUCAUAAUUUGGCGAUGGUCUUUUCCUCUUGUUUAUUUCAAACGAAGGGACAAACUAGUGAAGAAGUGAAUGUUAUUGAAGAUCUAAUAAAUAAUUAUGUUGAAAUAUUUGAGGUUAAAGAAGACCAAGUCAAACAAAUGGACAUAGAGAACAGCUUCAUCACCAAGUGGAAAGACACACAAGUUUCGCAGGCUGGAGAUUUGUUAAUCGAAGUGUAUGUUGAAAGGAAGCAACCUGACUGCAGUAUUAUCAUCCGGAUAUCACCUGUAAUGGAAGCGGAAGAAUUGACUAAUGAUAUAUUAGCAAUAAAAAAUAUCAUACCUGUGAAAGGUGAUGUCUGGGCCACUUUUGAAGUUACUGAAAAUGAGGAGCUUGAGCGCCCUCUUCACUACACAGAAAAUGUGUUAGAACAGGUGCUUCGGUGGAGUUCAUUAGCUGAACCUGGCUCUGCUUAUCUCGUUGUCAAGAAAUUCUUACAUAUUGACACCAUCAGACACUACAGUGAGAGGAGUGCCCUGGAAUGUAUCAAAGAAGGAGUUUUGAAAAUCAAAGAAGAACCAUCUAAAAUAUUAUCUGGAAAUAAAUUUCAAGACCGAUAUUUUGUUUUACGAGAUGGACAUCUCUUUCUUUACAAGGAUUCGAAGAGUAGUAAACAUGAGAAGAUGUUUUCUCUCAGUUCAGUGAAGUUUUAUCUUGGUGUGAGAAAGAAAGUGAAGCCCCCAACCAGUUGGGGCUUGACCGCAUAUUCUGAUAAGCAUCACUGGUAUCUGUGUUGUGAUAGCUUACAAACUCAGAUGGAAUGGAUGGCAAGUGUCUUUAUUGCCCAGCAUGAAAAUGACAUAUGUCCACCAGCUGGAAAGGAACGGAAACGCUCUAUAACCAAAAAUCCCAAAAUCGGAGGUUUGCCUUUAAUUCCCAUCCAGCACGAGGGAAAUGCAACCCUAGCGCGGAGAAAUAUUGAGAGUGCCAGAGCUGAACUUGAAAGGCUGAGGCUCAGUGCACAGCUUGAUAAAGAGCCUCUGGACCCUACGUUAAAGGCGAGAGCCUCCCUGGUGGCCCACUGCCUGGAGCGCAAGGAAGAUCGACUUCAAAACCGAGCCAGGAAACAUCGGAGUUUCAACUGCCUGGAGGACACGGAGGCUGAGGCGCCUCCUGGGCAAGCGAAGUUCUCUAAAGGCUUGAAGACCUUGAGGAAGACGGAGGACAGAAGCAGUAAAGCAACUUUGGACUCUGAUAAUAAACUACCGUCAAAAGUAAUUGAAGAGCUUAAUGUAGUUCUACAGCGAACAAGAACGCUUCCAAAAGAGCUUCAAGAUGAGCAGAUUUUGCCGAGAGAAAUAAAAUGAAUUUUCCCACAGACUGUUAUUUUAAAGUAUUACAUACAGUGUUCAUGCUCAAACCACACACCAAACUAUAUGGUGAUUCUUGGUUUGUGAAAUUUCCCUGUCUAGGCCUAAACACUGAAAGAACAUUUUAAAUACGAUGUAUAUAUGUGAUGAGUGUAAAAUUAACAUUAUUUUGGUCUGAACCUAGCUUGUAAAGUUCAACUGUUUAACCUUGUGUAAGAAGAUAUUGGGUUGCUUAGAGUAACCAACACUUCAAAAAUAGUGCUCUAUGUGGUAUAAUUUAUGAGCAGAAGUCUCCAGUCAUAUUGUAUAAAAUAUUGUGUAUAAACCAGACCAUACAAAACUGUAUGUAACACAUUUUGCACUUUGAGACACCUUGUAAAUUAAGUUACCAUAUGUUUUUUAGGUUUACAUAGGAGGAAAGAAAGGGAAAUAAAUUGAAAACGGGGAAGGAUUUAUUUUAGUGGCUGCCUAACAACACAGAUGUUUGCAUAAGAGACAAGGAGUUAAUAAAUGCCCUGAAAUCCAAGGAGGCGAGUUAAGAUUCAUUGUAGUUCACUUAAUAGGAAACUGCCUGUUAAGGGAAAAGGCAAGUGUUCUGUUUCCCGAGAGUAAUCUCUGGCGAACAGGCAUGAGUAAUGGCACUGAUCCUUCUUACUUCGUGUUGAGUGCACACGCCGCAUCGCGCAUUCACUGCACUUCAGUUCUUUGGCGGUAGCUCUAAGGAGAGCUUUAUGCUGCGCUGGAGGAGUGGUUUGGAAAGGACCUGGCACCAAGACCAUCCGCACUGUCGCUGUGCACCGGCAAUGGUUUGAGAGUCCCUCGCUAUAUUUCUGGUACAAAGUGAAUUCAUGAUCACAGGGUCUUGCUGUGUAAUUUGUUGGUGCUGGGCUUUGUAUGUUUAUUUUCUGUUAUUUAUAAAAGGUUAGAAUAGUUUCUUCCAGCAUGUCAGAAUCAGUUGGAAUAGCCCAACCUAACAUUUUGUUUGGGGGGAUGGCUUCCUCUGCCCAUUGAGGAACUUCUAGCCAGAAGUCAGAAUGUACUCGAGGACAGUGAGUUCGGGAUCUGAGUUCACACUGGGAGUCCAUGGGGGUGUAGAGUCCAUGGGAUUGGCUGCUAAUGGCAAAUUUGGAGCUUUGAGUCCACCCAGAAGCUCCUUGGAAAAGAUGCCUGGUGAUCUACGUCCCCCAAAUCAGUGCUUUAAAAACCCUACAGAGCAUGGUUCUGUUCUGACAUACACUCCGUGAAUCAGUUCAUUUGACAGUAAAUGAUGGUGAUGAUAGUUCACGUUUCAUUCAGGCCUUGGAAAGAAAAUAUUAAUCUCACUUUAUUGAACUUUUGUAGUUGUUCAGUUGCCGAGUCAUCAGUUCCAACUCAUGGCGACCACCCUCAGGUCAAGUGCGUAACCUUUUGAGUCCAUCCACUGGUUCCAAAUAGUCGUAGAACCUGGAUUUUUAUACCACGUCAGUAGUAGUGGUUUUCCUAAGACCCAAAUGCAAAAUAGCUGCCUGGCAUCUCUUUCUAAUUGUGUCAGGUGUGGUGACCUUUCAGAAUCAUUUAAGCAAAGCCUUAUUCCUAGCAUUUCUCUUGUCUAUCAGUUAUCAAAGUUUGUCUAAGUGCAGAGACCCAUACCUCAGAGAGCCCAAUAAUAGUUUGGUGAUAAGCUAUGAAGUUUUAUGACCAUUCGUAUUUGGAGGUGAUACAAGAUAAUUUGCCACAGGGAGGGGCAUUUUAUGUAUUCUUUAUAUCCAAAUUGUAAUUAAAGGGAAAACUGCCGGUCAGUUUAUGAUAUUGAUGGUAGUAUUGGCACUACUAGAGUACCUUCGGGAAACGUGGGGAGAAAAACUAAUCUUAAAGUAUUGUUUCUAACAAAUAUUUAUAUUUUUUUAUUCAAAAGGGGUAUUUGACUUUGUUGGCCUGUUUGUGAGAAAGUACCUAGAGUUUUAACCUCUGUCAUCUGGAUUUUUCUUAUACCUAAACUUAAAAUCAAAUGGUUUGUGUAUCUUCUUUCCCUGUGUAAAUGUCCCCUUUUCUCAAGUAUAAGAUAAGGGCUACUGAUGACAUACAUUUGGAGUAAAAAUUAAAAUUGUAUUUACAAGUCCACUUGAA